AUGACCCGACCGACAGGAGGUGUGAAGCUCCUCAGUGAGAGCUAUGUUUUUGUCAUCCCAAACACCGCAGCGGAAGAGUCCCCUGUUUUACUGGCACUAGCCGAAUCGGCAAACGAGAAGGGAAAAGAAGCAAUCAUCCGGGUUACGAACUUCGAUCUUGAUGCUGUCAACUGCCUUGUUGAGUUCCUGAAGAGGAGGGAAUAUGAAGUGAACUGCGCACUCCUCCCUAGUGUAAAAGCACUUGCGGGAACUGGAAAAGACCCUGCCAAAGCACUCUUCAUUCGAGACUUGCUCAUUCGUCAUGUACACAUGAGUGGCAUGGGGCUUCACUACAAAAUCCCGAAGCUCUCAGAGUUCGCUAGAAAGCAGAUUGAGAAAAUCAUUUCCCUCCACUGGAAUGACGGAGCGUUCCUCGGCGUGGUUCGCGUCGCCCUCGAAUAUAAGGGCGAUCACGAACUGCAUAUGGCCCUCUUUGCGGCAGCUCGCCCACAUCUCUACUCCCUGAUUGCAACCGAUGAGUUUGAUCCUUCUUGGGUCCUUCGAAGCUUCCGCAGUCACCUUCGAGUUCCGGCCUCAAAUGAGAAGGAGCUCCAAGGCCCCACGUCAUUCGAGAUUGAGGGACUACGAAAGCGAGUAUCCGACCUUCGCAUUGAGCGAGACGAGCUCGAGUAUCGGCUCGGCGAACAGGAUGAGCCCCCCAAGCGUGCCAUCAAAGAAGUCAACACUGCACAAGUUCCGGAAAUAUCUGCUGAAUUGAAUGAGCUCCGCCGAAAGGUAUCCGAGCUAUCUGCAUCAAAGGAGGACCUGCAGGCCGAGAACGCUGCGUUGCGCACUCAAGUUGACGACUUACGCACAAAGUCGGAAGCCACAUCAUCUGAACAAGAUGUAUUGCAGCAGCAAAUCACAAUCCUUACUUCAUCAAAGAAAACAGCAGAACAGACCGCCGCCGAAGCGCUAGCGCGUGCCGAAGCCACCGAAAAUCGACUCCUUUGCUCCCAGGUGGAGGCAGAGAAGAAGGUCGCCGAGGCACGCAAUGACGCAGAGGUCACCACAAACACACUCGACCGACUGCGUAAAGAGACCGAGGAAGUACAGAAGAGCCUCGAGACUUCCGAGACAGAGCACAGACUCGCUAAAUCAGAGCGGAACUUGCUUCGGGACCGAUGGACUAAAGAAAAGGCUAAGGUAUCCGCAUUGACUCAGGAGAUCGAUACCCUCAAGUUAGCCCUCGACCUGGAAAGAGAUACCAAGGACACAAUUCCGGUCGCCGUGCGUGACGAGCUAAAGCAAGCCCUGGAGGCCGAGCAGAGUGAGGUGAAAAAGCUCAAUAUGGAGCUCGAAAAAGCUCGACAAGCCGCCACCAAUGCUAGAGGUUAG